AUGCCCGGGGAUGAGGGAGACAAUGGCCUACUGACUGGUCUCAAUGGCCACAACCAGUAUGAAUCUCAGUCUCUGCUCUCUUCCCCCUCUGUGGAGCAGGAGAGUCUUGCAGAUCACCCUGGCUUAGCCACUUCGCCUCCAGUUCCCCCAAGCAACAGGCCACAUGCAAAGCGCCAAUCCUCGAUAUCCCAGCCUAUCCCCGAUGGACAGCGUCGCACACCUCGAACAAUGAACCGGGUACGAUUUGACAUCGAAGAAGAUGCCGAAGAAGAAGACUACCAUUCGGAUGGCCAUACCCGCAGCCCAGGGAGCGACGACGCGCUAUGGGUAGAGGAGGAAGACUACGAGCUCGGUGACGGAGGCACGACUGGCCGACGGAAUACCGGGCAGACAGUCCCUCUGCUCACAAAUAUUGAAGCCCCCAGCGUGACGCUUGCGACCUCAGAAGAUUUCUUCCCCGAAGACCACUUGGAGCAUGCGCGGCCGAAGAGCGGAAUGAGGAUGGCGUUUAUGAAUAUGGCGAAUAGCAUUAUAGGCGCUGGGAUCAUCGGGCAGCCUUAUGCACUUCGUCAAGCCGGAAUGACUAUGGGAAUACUGCUCCUGACAGCUUUGACUGUGACCGUUGACUGGACGAUACGCUUGAUCGUCAUCAACUCGAAGAUGAGUGGAGCCGACUCUUUCCAAGCAACAAUGCAAUACUGCUUUGGGAGGAGCGGUCUCAUAGCAAUCUCAAUCGCACAAUGGGCAUUUGCGUUCGGCGGCAUGGUGGCCUUUUGCAUCAUUGUCGGUGACACAAUUCCACAUGUCCUCAGCGCCUUAUUUCCAUCUCUUCGUGAGAUGCCCUUCCUAUGGCUGCUGACUGAUCGGCGAGCUGUGAUUGUGAUAUUUGUUCUGGGUGUCUCAUUUCCCCUUUCCCUCUAUAGGGACAUUGCGAAGCUGGCCAAGGCAUCUGCAUUGGCUUUGGUGAGUAUGAUAAUCAUUGUGGUCACGGUCAUAACACAGGGCUUUCGGGUCCCCGCAGAGUCUCGCGGUGAGAUCAAGAGCCAUCUCAUUUUCAACUCAGGGUUCUUCCAGGCCGUGGGUGUGAUAUCAUUCGCAUUUGUUUGUCACCACAACAGUCUCCUAAUCUAUGGCUCUCUAAAGAAGCCAACACUCGACCGUUUUGCUACUGUUACACAUUACUCAACUGGAGUGUCCUUGAUAAUGUGCUUGGCAAUGGGAAUUGCAGGAUUUCUUUCCUUUGGCUCAAAAACACAAGGCAAUGUCCUCAACAAUUUCCCCUCUGACAAUAUCAUGGUCAACAUAGCUCGAUUUUGCUUCGGGUUGAACAUGCUCACUACCCUGCCGCUAGAAGCAUUUGUUUGCCGAUCUGUUAUGACGACAUACUAUUUCCCAGAGGAACCUUUCAAUCCUCAUCGACACCUCAUAUUCACAACCGCUCUUGUGCUAACAUCGAUGGUGCUGGCAUUGAUCACUUGCGAUCUUGGCAGUGUCUUCGAACUUAUCGGAGCAACCAGUGCCGCAGCUUUGGCUUACAUAUUCCCUCCCCUGUGCUAUAUCAAGCUCAGCAGCGCGACCCGCCGGGAGAAGAUACCUGCUUAUCUAUGUGUUGCAUUCGGAGUGGUUGUCAUGGGCGUGAGCGUCGUUCUAGCGGUCGCUAAAAUUAUCCGCAAUGAUGGAGAAGCUCACACUUGUGGUGCACCUUGA